AUGUUGAAAACACUUCCCUUGCUGCUGGCAGUGUGGCUGCUACAACUGAUCGUAACUGAAGGUGCUCCUGCCUCCAGACAAGAUUGUGGGCAACUGAGAAUCUCUUCCCGAAUUGUUGGAGGGCAAGAUGUCCCUAAUGGAGAUUUGCCUUGGGUUGCCAGCAUUGUGGUGGAUUUCCGUCCUGUUUGUGGUGGCUCUCUCAUUAAUGAACAGUGGGUGCUGACAGCAGCUAGCUGUGUUGAUCAAAUCAGUUCUAUUCAGCAAUAUAAUGUGCUGCUUGGAGCCCAUCAGCUCUUGAAUCUCUCCCAUAAUGUGCAGUUCUAUCCUGUGCAGAAGAUACUCAUCCACUCUGGCUACCUGGGUGAGGCUGGCUCUCCUGCAGACAUUGCUUUACUUAAACUGGCAUCACCUGUGCCCUUCACCAGCCACAUCCUUCCUGUCUGCUUGCCACAGUUCUAUGAAGACUUCUCCAGAGAUACAAAUUGUUGGAUUGCUGGAUGGGGAAAUACUGGAGAAAAUGAGCAACUGUCAGCCCCAUUAACUCUACAGGAAGCAAAGGUGCCUAUCAUAGGCCGAAGGGAAUGUAACAAUUUCUACAACGCUGUCCCAUUUCGAGGCAUGAAGAAGGAUCCGAUCAAACCAGAUAUGAUCUGUACUGGUUACACCCAAGGCAGCAAAUCUUUCUGUAUGGGUGACGGUGGUGGACCCUUGGUUUGUAAAGUCGGGAGGAGAUGGACCCAAGCUGGGAUCGUGUCUUGGGGAGUUGGAUGUGGCAAAUACUUCCAUCCUGGUGUCUAUACUUCAGUGCCCUUCUAUAGUUUUUGGAUCAAAGAAAAGAUCAGAACAGAAUGAAGGGCUGAUGGCAAAAUGUUCCCACGGGGCCACUCCUUUCAGUGCCCAUUGCCCUUGCUGUAAGAAACAUAAUCAACAAUAUGG